GGCAGUGCUGGGCGGUGUCCGGCUGCAGGAAGCCGGAAGCCACCCCAGGGUGUGCUCGGCGGCGCCAUGGGGGCAGCGUUGGGGGUCUGCUCGCUGGCCAGCUGGAUUCCCUGUCUGUGCAGCGGUGCCUCCUGUUUGCUGUGCAGAUGUUGUCCCAACAGCAAGAACUCGACGGUGACUCGGCUGAUCUACGCCUUCCUCCUCCUCCUCAGCACUGCUCUUGCCUGCAUCAUGCUGGCACCGGGGAUGGAGGAGCAGCUGAGAAAGAUACCUGGGUUUUCUGAUGAGGGGCUCCCCACUCAGACUCCACACACGGAUGGUGUUGUCAGCCAUGAGGUCUCUCUUGGGUUCAGAGCUGUGUAUCGGAUCAGCUUUGCCAUGGCAAUUUUCUUCUUUCUCUUCUCCCUGCUCAUGCUGGAAGUGAAAACAAGCAAUGAUCCAAGAGCUGCACUGCACAAUGGGUUCUGGUUCUUCAAAAUAGCUGCCAUUGUGGCUAUCAUGGUUGGAGCAUUUUACAUUCCUGAAGGGCCUUUCACAACAGCUUGGUUUGUUAUUGGUGUUUGUGGAGCCUUCAUCUUCAUUCUUAUCCAGUUGGUGCUUCUUGUGGACUUUGCUCACUCCUGGAAUGAGAGCUGGGUUGAGAGAAUGGAGGAGGGAAAUUCUAAGUGUUGGUAUGCAGCUCUGCUGUCUUGUACAGGCUUUUUCUACGCCUUGUCACUGGUUUUUAUUGUGCUCUUCUAUGUUUUCUACACAACCCCUGAUGGCUGCACAGAGAACAAGUUCUUCAUAACCAUCAAUAUGAUCCUGUGCAUUGCUGUCUCCUUCGUUUCUGUCCUUCCAAAAGUUCAGGAGCACCAGCCUCGCUCUGGCCUCCUCCAGUCCUCUGUCAUCACACUCUACACCAUGUAUCUCACCUGGUCAGCCAUGUCCAACGAGCCUGAACGAAGCUGUAACCCAAGUUUGCUGAACAUCAUUACCCAGAUAGCUACACCCACAGCUGCUCCAGAAAAUACCACUGUGCUGCCAGCUACUCCAGCUCCACCCAAGUCCCUACAGUGGUGGGAUGCCCAGAGUGGUGUUGGAUUGGUUAUCUUUGUCCUUUGCCUCCUGUAUUCCAGCAUUCGCUCCUCAAACAACAGCCAGGUGAACAAGCUGAUGCUGUCUGGGAGUGACAGUGCCAUGCUGGAGGAGUCGCUGGGGACCGGCAGCGCGGCUGCAGAGGAAGGAGAAGUGCGCCGCGUUGUGGACAACGAGAAGGAUGGCGUUCAGUACAACUACACCUUCUUUCACUUCAUGCUCUUUCUUGCCUCUCUUUACAUCAUGAUGACACUGACAAACUGGUACAGCCCUGAUGCGGAUUUUAAAACGAUGACAAGUAAGUGGCCAGCAGUGUGGGUGAAGAUAACUUCCAGCUGGGUUUGUCUCGUUCUCUAUCUUUGGACCCUAGUGGCUCCUCUUGUCCUUACUAAUAGGGACUUCAGUUAAAUUGCUGCACCCCUCUGAGCUUACAAAAGGGGGAGAACUUUUUUGCUAAAAGCCAAAAUGUUCAUGUAUUACUUUAGUUAUGCUGUCCACGUUGCUGUUUCUUACGUGAAUAUUAACAUGCAGGUGGAUAGAAAGUUUUGUGUUUCAUAAUGCUUGAUGCAGGAUGAAAAUUAUUAUCAGUUCUCUUUCUAUUUUAACUUUCAGUCAUGGUUCUCUUAUUACUGCAUUUUUAAAACUCACUACAGCUGUGCUGUUAAAGCAUAGAAGAAAAUACCAGUUCUGUUCAAUAACCACAACUUUUCUAUUGAAUAGAAACAACAUUUAGCUAAAUAUGAAGUAAUAUAUUUUGAAGAACAAUUAUAUUCAGCAUAAUGCACUACUAUGCUUGCACUUCAGUUCCUGGAAGUGUAAGCCAUGCUGCUUGAUUUCUACAUUCCACCACAAAAGUUUUUUGAAAUUUAUACUUACCUUCCUGCUUUGUGGCAAAAUAAGCCCAUUUUUUUUACCAAAGAACAGAGCUUUGAGGUUUGCAAAUUGUUAGAUUCUUUUUAAGAACAAACUUGCCCCUUUCUAAGAGGCAACUUCUAUGGUAACUUCUUUUUUAGUACUUUUGCCAAAUAUUGAGUGGUGAGUGUAUGACUAGCUUAAGCAAAAUUAUGCUUAUGAUGGAAAAAACAGAGCUUCUUGUCUAAUAUGCUUAAAAAACUAAUAUACAUGAAAUUAUUAUUAUUGGCACUAAGGCAUUUGCACUGUAAAUUCAUUUGAAUAAAGCAGACUAACUACUGAAACUGUC